GUUGGGUACUAUAUUCAUUGAAUAUUAUCUGAAUCCUAUAAAUUAAAAUUGUCAAUUUGAGUGCAAUCAAUUAGCAUAAUUUCUCAGAGAUCAAAUGAUAUUUAAACAAAAUCAUGAUUCAAGAAUGCUAAUCCUAACUACAGAAAUAAUUUCCAAACAAUCUGAGAUUGCGGGGGUCGAAGUCCUCUUUUUUGUGUUUUUUGAGGUGGAACAACCCGUAUAUUAUUGAAUAUAAGGAAUUUUUGUUGGGCGAUCCACUUUCAAAUGCUUAUCAAUUAAUGGGCCAUUGGCUCCAGCACAUGACAGGCUGGGUUCGAUUUGUCCCGAGGAAAUUCCAUGUGCGCGCGCAAUCUUUGCUAACAAACAACCAAGACAAAAGGAAGAGACUCCUAGCUAGAGCAUUAUGGCCGCUUCUCCUUCAUCCUGCGACCAUCAAGAGGACUGGGGCGAAGAGAUGAUGGAGUUGAACAAGGAUUUAGAGAGAAUGAUUGAAGACGUGGAAAAUAUAUCAGUACAGCUGACGUGGAUGGCCUAUGACAUGGUGGUGCAGCGAACCAGUCCUGAUCUGGGGGACUCCAUUCGUCGGCUGGAGGAAGAGUUUCUCCGCUGCAGGGCUGUCAUCUGUGGCUCCCCUGGAGAACAGGAGCCGAACCAGGGGCAGGGAAAGGACCAGGGGAUGGGAUAGGAACCGGGACGGGCUGAACCAGGGGCAGGGAAAUGACCAGGGGAUGGGAUAGGAACCGGGACAGGGGCUGAACCAGGGGCAGGGAAAUGACCAGGGGAUGGGAUAGGAGCUGGGACAGGGGCAGGGAAAGGACCAGAGGAUGGGAUAGGAACCGGGACAGGGGCUGAACCAGGGGCAGGGAAAUGGCCAGGGGAUGGGAUAGGAACUGGGACAGGGGAUGGGACGGGAACUAGGACAGGGUCAGGGAAAGGACCAGGGGAUGGGAUAGGAACUGGGACAGGGGCAGGGAAAGGACCAGAGGAUGGGAUAGGAUAGGAACUGGGACAGGGGGUGAACCAGGGGAUGGGAUAGGAACUGGGACAGUGUCAGGGAAUGAACCAGGGGAUGGGAUAGGGCCAGGGAAAGGGCCAGGGGAUGGGAUAGGAACUGGGACAGGGGCAUGGAAAGGACCAGGGGAUGGGAUAGGAACUAGGACAGGGGCAGGGAAAGGACCAGGGGAUGGGAUAGGAACUGGGACAGGGGCAGGGAAAGGACCAGGGGAUGGGAUGGGCUGGGCUGAACCAGGGGCAUGGAAAGGACCAGGGGAUGGGACAGUGUCAGGGAAUGGACCAGGGGAUGGGAUAGGAACUGGGACAGGGCCAGGGGAUGGGAUAGGAACUGGGACAGGGGCAGAGGAUGGGAUAGGAACUGGGACAGGGCCAGGGGAUGGGAUAGGACCUGGGACAGGGGCUGAACCAAGUUAUGUGGAUGAAGUGUCCUAGACCUGUACAUACCACCCCCAUCCCACUGACAGAUGUGAUUGGCCGUGAUUCACCAGGAAUAUCUGAUGUUCUGAAAUGGACCUGAAUCCAAAGAUAGUAGCCUGCGUCCUGUCCUGUAUGCUUGUCUACAAUGUUGUUGCAGUUAUAUGUAGACUAGUCUCAUCUGUAGCAGCAACCACUGCCCCACACUGCAUGCUGUCUAAGAUGAGCAGCAGGCUGUUGUAUGGUGCUGUUGUAUGUAGGUUAUUGUUGUGUGUUAUGUACCUUUGGACAGGGUGUUCAAUUAGCUUUAGUGUUGUGUUCUGAAUUUGUGGUUUGGUCAAGUAAUAAGAUAAACUUGAAUAGCGAA